CACACAUGAAACUUAUGUAACAAAAUCUAUUUUUAAGAACAAUACGAACAACUCCCCGUAACACUUUGCCAAAUGAACAUAGAAGUCCAUAAUCAACCAGUUUAUGGAAGCUUCUUCACACGUCAUCGCUUCCUACGCAAUUUCGAUUGGUUCAUGCGUCACGGCCGUUUUGCAUUAAUGAAAACAGACACGCUUAAUGUAAAGGAAAAAUCGGAAACUUAUAUAUUUCAUAGAAUGUUUUUCGUUAAUUUAUUUGAUACUGUUUGUUUAGAAAAAUUUAUAUUUUAA